GGCGCCUACUAUAAAACAAAAAAAGAACUCAACAAACCCUAAUUGUUGAUGGCGGCUUACAAUUAAACUCAGUGAAAGAAGAAGAAAAAUGCAGCGAUGGAGAAUUUCCGAAGAAGAUAAAAUCAGCCGUUUGCCGAACGAAAUCCUCAGCCACAUUCUCUCUUUUCUAACCACCAAAAAGGCAGUUCGCACAAGCUUACUGUCCAAGAGAUGGACUGAUCUAUGGCAAUCUUGCGACACUAUCGACUUCACAGAUAUUCAAGUAUAUUGCAAUAGAACUAAUCGCAAGUGUAACAAACUUGUCGAGUCCGUUUUGGCCACAACUGACUCUCGCAACAUCAACACUUUCCUUCUCGAAAUUCUGUACGGUCACCCUCAUUUUGCCUAUAAGGUCAGUUUUCGCAAUGUAGUCAAAUGGGUUAACAUGAUUGUUCUUCAAAAUGAACUCAAAAAUCUUUGUCUUCAUCUAGAUGUGGAUGAAUAUGACGAUGAAGAUAACAACGAAGAUGAACAUUUUUUACCUAAAUUGCCUACGAGUAUUUUCACUAGUCAAACCCUUGUGAGUCUCGAUCUGCGGCGGUUCUGUGUUAAGGGUUUUAAUUUUUCUUCAGUUGGAUUUGGAUUUCCGUCACUUAAAACCCUUCAUUUGGAUGACGUUGAGUUUCCGAGAGGUCGGGAUUUCUUGUUGCUUCUAUACGGAUGUCCAAUUCUCGAGGAUUUAAAACUGUUUCAAGUAUGUUUGCGUUGUUGGUUUAAUGUGUCUGUUGUCCUCCAGGAGUUUGAAAACUUAAGGUUACCCAAAUUGACAAGAACAGAUAUCAUUGAAAGUUUGUGGGACAUUUUACCCUUGGAAGCACUCUCUACUUCUAAGUCUUUGUGCUUAGAUACAUUACAACACCAUUUAGCAUUCAAGGCCCAAGCCCAGACCCAGGUUCCAUCCGAUGAUAUCCCUAUCUUUUAUAAUUUGACCCACUUGAAGCUUCAUAAUAGUUGGGAUUUGGUUGUACGAGUGCUCCACCACUGUCCCAAGCUUCAAAAUAUUGAACUUUUUGAGGAUAUGUACGGGGCAAGGGGGAACGGAGAUGAUGAUGAAGAAAGUUGUGAGGAAUUAGAAUUUGUUCCACAAUGUCUUUUAUCCCACCUAAGAAGUUGCACUAUUCAGAAUCUUGGACGCCUAGAGCGGGAUCUUAUAUUACCAACGUAUAUUUUGAAGAAUGCAAGAGUUUUACAAACCAUGAAAAUUAAAAUCUGGUACCGAAGUGAACAACCUGAAAUAGAAAGAAAAUUCUCCUUAUGCUCGAAAGCCUCUGCAUCAUGCCAACUCUUAUUUUAUGCCAACUUUUAGUUUAUGUCUAACAUAUAGACUAUGUAGGUAGCAGUUUUGCUAUUUUGUUUGUUGUUUCUUUAACUUAUACCAUGAUUUGGUGAUUUGAAGUUUGAGCUAUGAGUUAUGGGCUAUUAUGAAAAUCACAACUUUGUCUCACAA